CAAGAUGGAUUGGCAUCAAACUUUGCCUCUUUAACAAAAGUACUGUAUGACUUUCAUAAAAUACUAGAAGAUGGCAGUAACUGUGGGAGUCCUUUAAAAAAACUAGUAAUCAACAAUUUUGAUGAUGAACAGAUUUGGCAACAACUGGAAUUGCAAAAUGAACCCGCUUUACAGUAUUUCCAGAAAGCAGUUAGCAAAACAAUUAAAGACAAUAAUAUCAGUCUUCUUCCGGAGACUGAAGAGCAGGCCUGUGAAGAGUACGGCUCAAAGAUGGAGUCUGAUGGGCAGGAGGACCCAGAACAAGACUCGAAGCAGCUAAGUGGUGAUGAUGUUAAACAACAUGAAAGUGUGGAACAUCUGAACAAAAUAGAUCUGUACAAAAGCCCAGAUUUCACUGAUGAGGAUUCGGACUUUGAUUUUUCUAUCAACAAGUUGGAACAGCAGAGCCAGAAACAAAACAAAGUCUCUAGGAAACAAAAAGAAAAAUCAAUAGUAGAUGAUACAUUUUUUAAAUUAUCUGAAAUGGAGACCUUUUUGGAGAGCAUGGAAAAAGAAGAAGAGAAAAAAGAUGACGAAGAAGAUAUUGAUUUUUUUGAAGAUGUUGAUUCUGAUGAAGAUGAGGGAGGACUAUUUGGAAGUGAAAAACUUAAGUUAGACAAAAGUUCUAGAGACUUGAAAUACAAAGAUUUCUUUGAUCCAGUUGAAAGUGAUGAAGACUUAGCAAGUGGUCAUGAUGAACUGGGUUCAAAUGAAGAAAAAAUAGCUGAAGAAGAAGAAAGCAUUUUUGAAAUGGAUGAAGAUAGUGACAUUGAGGAAAGUGAAGAUAGUAAACAUUAUAAAGAAGGUUUGAAAAGAGUGACGUUUGCUUUGCCAGAUGAUGAAGAAAUUGAAGAUAGAAAUAUUUUAAAUAUAAAGAAAGAUUGUGAUGAAAUGAAAUCGUCUUUUGAAAAAAGACAGGAAAAGAUGAAUGAAAAAAUAGCAUCUUUGGAAAAAGAACUAUUGGGGGGGAAACCAUGGCAGCUUCAAGGGGAGGUAACAGCGCAGAAGAGA